AGAUCUGUUACACCAAGCCGUAGUCCUAGUCCAAGGCAUAGCCAACAUAGUCAACAGAGUCAAGAAUCUCCUCGACCUCAAGCAUUACCUCUACCUCACCCUCUUCCGAAACACGUUCAACUUAACGAUCCGAAACAAAGAGAUACUUUACAUCCACAAAAUAUAUUGGGUCCAAACCCUAAUAGAUUAGGUCUUCAAAGUAGACAGACUAGUAGUAACAGCGGGGAAGGAAACAAUAGAGAAUCAUCAUUAGACGAUUCUGGUGUGGUGGACGAUCACGAGCCUGAAGGUGAUGCCACGUCGGAAGAAGUUACAACUCAUCUUACUCCAAGUAGUAGGAGAAUAGAGGUGACACCUGUUACAGUGGCUGUGAGUCCCAAAGAGAUAAAGGUAAUCAAAUGCAACGGCGUUGGCAGCUGCAAGAAGAAAAAGGAAGUGUAUACGCUUCAACCUGAUUACCUCUCACAUAUCGUUGUUAUCAAUCAACAAAUUCCUGAUAGAAACUGUUCAGGAUGCGAACAAUGCUGCAUGGACUACGAGGGAUGGUUACAACUGCAACAAAGUCUUUACCAAAUCGUUAAGGAUCCCUUAUUCGAAUUAGCCAUUACAGUGUGCAUUGUACUUAACACCAUGUUCCUCGCCAUGGAACAUCAUGGUAUGAGCGAGUCAGUGCUCAGAUGCUUAGACAUAGGCAAUAAGGUUUUUACUUCCAUAUUUACGUUCGAAUGCUGCCUGAAGAUCAUGGCUUUAAGUAAGGACUUCUUUCACUGCGGAUGGAAUAUUUUCGACCUCAUCAUCGUGUCUGCUAGUUUACUUGAUCUUAUUUUCGAAUUAGUUGAUGGAUUGUCUGUACUCAGAGGAUUAAGAUUGUUGCGAGUUCUCAAACUGGCCCAGUCAUGGAUAACGAUGAAAGUGCUUCUCAGUAUAAUAAUAAGUACCAUCGGAGCUUUAGGAAACUUGACCCUUGUAUUGGCAAUAGUAAUUUACAUCUUCGCCGUUAUUGGAAUGCAACUAUUCUCUAAAGAUUAUACGGAAGAGAAGUUUUUUCCUGACCCUGUCCCAAGGUGGAAUUUUACGGAUUUUUUUCAUUCCUUCAUGAUGAUUUUUCGGAUAUUGUGCGGAGAAUGGAUCGAACCUCUUUGGGAUUGCAUGCGAGCAGAGAAAGCAGAGGGGUCUGGUACGUGCUUGGCAGUUUUCCUACCCACUUUAGUCAUGGGCAACUUCAUGGUACUGAACUUGUUCUUGGCCUUGCUGCUCAACAGCUUUAAUUCGGAAGAAUUAAAAACCAGAAAAGAGGAAGUGGGCGAUGAAUCUAAGUUAGCGCAGAGCUUUCAGCGAAUCCGGGACCUCGUGAGAAAGGGCCGUCUCACGGAACAAAAGGAAAACGAAAAUAAUUCCAGACUGGAACAGAUUGUUAGGGAGGUGAUGCAGCGACACGCCGAGGAGGAGGCUUUGAGAGCAGCUGAGAAGACUUCAAAAUCAUCCCAACAAACCAUCGUCGGAUUCCCGAGAGACAAGCGGAGCUAUCAGGAAGCCAUGAACAGACCAAUUUCCAUAAUAAGUUAUGAUCCCCCGGAAUAUCAGGAAAAAAUUCCGGAAAACGAAGAGUAUAACAAAAAGACAAAAUACUCCAGUUUGGGAAAUACCUCCGAGGAAAGUGGCACGCCGAAAAGCGGGAAGAAAACACGGGAAGCGAGGCUUUUACAAAAUAUGUCUUCUGGAUUAGGUACAACAAAUAGUAGUAAAGAGGAAACCAGCCUUAUAAAUCCAAAAAGCAACACACAAUGUACUUCAGUGGACUCGGAGAAUGAAGAACAGCGAACGCCGAGACAGAAAAACUGCGAUAAUAUAUUCGAUGGCGGAGAUAAACCUUGGCAAACGCUCGUUUCGUACGUGGACGAAUUAACAGUGGGAGGAAGGAGAAAUUCGAAAGGCCAGUACGCCGAUGGUAUGGGCAAUUUUCCGGGGUUUGGAAAGAAAAAACCUCCCAGAGUUGCUCCAGAUUGUUUUCCUUCUAAUUUUUACGAACGAUGUUCCUGUCUAAACCGAUGUGCUGACUCUAAAGUGGGAAAAAAAUGGGUAUGGUUAAGAAAACUUGUUCUCGAUGUAGUCGAUACUGCAGCAUUUGAAUGGUUCAUUCUAGUUUUAAUUUUUGCCUCAAGUGUUACUUUAUGCUUUGAAGAUAUUCAUUUGGAUGAAAACCAAGAUUUGAAGUUAGUUUUAUAUUGGACGAAUUUGGCUUUUUCCGUUAUUUUUAUCAUCGAGAUGUUUCUCAAGUGGAUUGCCUUGGGAUUCCAUAAAUAUUUUACCAGUUUUUGGACGUUGUUGGAUUUUUUAAUUGUGUUCGUAUCUCUCUUUAGUUUGUUGAUAGAAGAAAACGAAAAUCUUCGAGUACUUCGAUCGCUACGAACUCUAAGAGCAUUAAGGCCUUUGAGAGCCAUAAGCAGAUGGCAAGGAAUGAGAAUAGUAGUCAACGCUUUGAUGUACGCAAUUCCCAGCAUCUUCAACGUUUUACUAGUGUGCUUAGUGUUUUGGUUGAUUUUUUCCAUAAUGGGAGUGCAGUUUUUUAGCGGAAAAUUUUUCAAAUGCGUUGACGACGAAGGCGAACGAUUAGAUACAAGCAUCGUUGACAAUAAAUGGGAAUGUCUGAAUAAAAAUUUUACAUGGAUCAAUGCGAAAAUAUCUUUCGAUCAUGUAGGAAUAGCUUAUUUGGCAUUAUUUCAAGUUGCCACUUUUGAAGGAUGGAUGGAAGUAAUGGCAGACGCGGUAGACGCUAGGGGUGUCGAUUUGCAACCACAAAGGGAAGCGAAUUUGUACGCCUACAUUUAUUUUGUAAUUUUUAUAGUUUGUGGAUCUUUUUUUACUCUUAACUUAUUCAUAGGAGUUAUCAUCGACAAUUUCAAUAUGCUCAAGAAAAAGUACGAAGGUGGAGUGUUAGAAAUGUUUCUAACGGAAAGCCAGAAGCACUAUUAUACUGCUAUGAAAAAAUUGGGGAGGAAGAAACCACAAAAAGUGAUAAAAAGGCCAAUGAAUCAAUGCUUGGCCAUGUUCUACGAUUUGUCGAAUUCUCGCCGGUUCGAGAUAGCGAUAUUCGUUUUAAUUUUUUUAAACAUGUUAUCAAUGGGCAUCGAGCAUUACGGUCAGCCACACGCUGUGUUCUUUGUUUUAGAAGUUAGUAAUGCGUUUUUUACAACUGUUUUUGGAUUAGAAGCUAUAGUGAAAAUAAUAGGAUUAAGGUACCAUUACUUUACUGUUCCAUGGAAUGUUUUCGAUUUUUUAUUGGUUCUGGCUUCCAUUCUUGGCAUUCUCAUGGAAGACAUUAUGAUAGACUUCCCUGUUUCUCCGACUCUUCUUAGAGUAGUUAGAGUAUUUAGGAUAGGAAGAAUUUUACGAUUGAUUAAAGCUGCCAAAGGUAUAAGAAAGCUCCUCUUCGCAUUAAUAGUGUCUCUUCCUGCUUUGUUCAACAUUGGAGCCCUUCUUGCUCUCAUAACCUUUAUUUAUGCCAUAAUCGGUAUGUUUCUCUUCGGUCAUGUUCGACAACAGGGAGCUCUCGAUGAUAUGGUGAACUUCGAAACGUUCGGAAGGUCGAUGCACCUUCUUUUUCGUUUAAUAACAUCAGCGGGUUGGAACGAUGUAUUAGAAUCGCUAAUGAUCGAGUAUCCAGACUGUGAUCCACAUUACAAGCAUCAGAGUAACGGUGAUUGUGGUUAUCCAUUGUUAGCAAUAAUAUAUUUUACCAGUUUUAUUAUUAUAAAUUAUAUGAUAGUUAUUAAUAUGUACAUUGCAAUUAUUCUUGAAAACUUCAAUCAAGCUCAUCAGGAGGAAGAAAUCGGAAUUGUCGAGGACGAUUUGGAAAUGUUUUACAUUAGGUGGAGCAAGUACGAUCCACAUGCUACGCAGUUCAUCCGCUUCUCGCAGCUGUCGGAAUUCAUAGCGUCCUUGGAUCCUCCGUUGGGCAUAUCGAAGCCGAAUACGGUAGCCUUAGUAAGUUUCAACUUGCCGAUCGCUAAGGGCAAUAAGAUUCAUUGCCUGGACAUUCUCCAUUCGCUCGUCAAACACGUGCUGGGACACGUCGAAGAGACUGACAAUUUCCGACAGCUGCAAGAACAGAUGAGCGUCAAGUUCAAGAAGCAGUUUCCGACCAGGAAAGAACUGGAAAUUGUGUCGUCGACGAGAAUUUGGAAGAGGCAAGACAAAGCUGCUAGACUUAUUCAGAGGACGUACAAAGAUUAUGUGAAACGCAAAAAGGAAGCCGAACGGGAACAAGAAGACGAAACGACUCAAACAUCGUCACCUGGUACCGGAUGGCAAGGACGUUUGUCCGCGUUCCUUCAUGUGCAUCGAGGGAGUCGCGCAUCCUCUCGCAAGUCCUCUAGGGCGUCCGACGCUAGCGACCUCAGCGAACUAGGCGGUCCAUGGUUGAAUCUGCCGCUGCUGUUGCUCUCCAGCGCCACCAACAUGUCCCCCGAGGAAUUGGAUUUGACGCGCGACGCCGCCGAUGUCAGCAUCAAGGUUAGCGAGGCCACACCUGAGUCCGGUACGACCCCGAUAACGCCGACGCCUUCGUCGCAACCCCGCCGCAGAAGCGUUUACAGUUUUCCCUUCUUUCUGCGUCAUCAGGACGCUGUAGAAAAGCCGGACGAUAAAACGUCUCCGUUACUGGGUCACAAAGACAUUAAAGCUUCACAAACGCUUCAUCCCGUAGCACCCGAAGAAUCUAAACCGAAAAGGGGCAGCGUUGUACGAAGAAAGCGAUCGGGUUCCGUUAAGUCCCGGCCGACGUCGAUGACGGGAAGCGGUUGCCAUAGAACGCAGUCUGAAAAAUGCACAAGCUCUGACGUCAGUAUCCUCGUAACGGAAGCUUCCCCCGAAAGCCUUUCGCUAAGGCCCCCAUUGAAUAGACAAAAUAGUGAGUCAACCAUAGUGCAAGUAUUGGUACACAGAGAAAGUGAAGAAUACAAUAACGAAGAGGAAGAAGACGAGACUAGUUGUCAUCGAAUCGCCGAAGACGACGCCUCUGAUACGCCCGAGACAGAGAACGUUCCGACUGACGUAGUUGUAAACUUAAAUGAUGACGAUAGGUCGUGCAGCUGAUCUUUGCUGAAUGACCAACAGUCUUCGGAAUAUUAAACUAAAAUUAGGACGUUUGUAAGCAUUUGAUACGAUAACGAAUUUAAAAUCAUCUGAUUAUAUAAAGUAGUAGUUUCUUAACAAGGCGACAGUCGAUGAUGCGAAAUAAAUUUGAGGGGUCUAGUUGAAAAGUGCAUGUACAAAUGACCACAUUUUACAGGAACUUCCAACAAAGUAGAUUUAUUGCUUAUCUGGACUAUUCUAUCCGUUACAUUAAUUUAUAAUUUUAUUUGGAGGUUGUAUAAUUUGAAAGUAAC